ACCAGAGCCACAGCCACCACCACCAGCGCCGCCUCCGUUGUUCGUUUGCUCCACGGGACGGCGGCCGGCGCAGCAAUUCUUUCUUCCGUACACACACCAUAUAUAUAUAUCCGCUCGCCGCCGCCAUAAUGUCUGCUGCCGCCACCGCUUGCAUGCCUCUGGUCCCUCCUCCGUCUCCUCUCCAGGGAUCGACCGGGAAGCCGGCAAUGGCGGCCGCCGAGGUCGGCGAGAGGCGGAAGCCCGGUGGCAUGGAGACUGACAUGACUCAGAGCCAUGGCAGCGAGGAGCAGCGGCGAGCCAUGGACAACGGCGAUGGCGAAGUGACGAUGAGCGAGCCGCGGGCGGUGGUGCGGACGCUGGCGUGCGAGCGCAAGCCCUACGUGGAGGGCUUCGCGCUCUGGCGGAGCAUCGGCAGGCCUGAGCUGCCAGAGUUGGAUCCUAUCCUUUCUUUCGACGAGUUCGAGUUUUCUGCACCAGCUGCCUUUCCUGACCAUCCCCACAGAGGGUUUGAGAACGUCACCUAUAUGCUCAAGGGAGGCGUCAGUUACCAUGACUUUUCAGGGCACAAGGGCACCAUCAAAGAAGGAGAUGUUCAGUGGCUGACGGCUGGGCGCGGCGUCGUGCACGCGGAGGUGCCCGCCGGCAAUGGCGUGCAGCGGGGCAUCAACAUCUGGGUCAACCUCUCCGCCAACGACAAGAUGAUGGAGCCGAGGUACCAGGACCUGGCGAGCCACGACAUCCCCGCCGCCGCCACGGGCGACGGCGGCGUCUCCGUCAAGGUCAUCGCGGGCGAGUGCCUGGGCGCGCGCUCCCCGCUGCGGCCGCGCACCCCGGCGCUGUGCCUCGACGUCUCCCUGCGGCCCGGCGCGCGCCUCCGCCAGCCCGUCCCGCGCGGGUGGAGCGCGUGCGCCUACGUCAUCGCCGGCGAGGCCGUGUUCGGCGACGCCUCCGCUGGGGCGCGCACGCUCGUCGUGUUCGGCGCCGACGGCGACGGCGUGGACGUGCGGGCCGCGGAGGGGCUCGCCGCGGCGGGGGGCGCGAGGGUGAUGCUCGUGGCGGCGCGGCCUCACGGCGAGGCGGUGGUGCGGGACGGGCCCUUCGUCAUGAACACCCGGGAGGAGGUGGAGCAGGCGCGGGAGGACUUCCGCCGCCGCCAGAACGGCUUCGAGAUGGCCGACGGCUGGACCUCCGACCACGCCGCCACCGCCGCCAUGCGCUGAUACUCUCAAUUUGGAAUCAAUGUUCGUGCAAGUGGGUGGCUAUGAAUUGUAUCUGGAUUCCUACGUACGUGGACCCCGUUUGGCAUUGCAGUGGGAGCACGAUGAUCUAGUACCAACGAGCACGGUUCUAAAGUUCGGCAAAAUUAAUUCUAAGAAUUUCAGACUUGUCAACCAGAGAAAUUUUAGCCAAAAUUAAAGUUAACACUACACUGUUGGUUUGCAGAGCAAACUCCCCUCUCUGACUUGUUAAUUCCCUGCUGGUGCGUAACUUGUUGAGUUGUUUGAUUCUCUUCGCAUCUUAAAAUCCAGGCUCAGGCCUCAGGGUCUUAAAAUGUAGACUAGAACAGAAUUUGUUUUGAUGUGAGAGAGCUGUAUUUUGUAAGGGCAAAUUCCCCGUAUGUUAUUGAAAAUUUACCCGUU